UGGAGCAGAGGAAAACGAGUUCGAGUGCACUAGUCAACACCAUGGAAUGGGUUGGAACGAUCGACUCCCAAGAACGGAUGCAACAAUCCGAGCUGAUCUUAUUCGAAAUGAAAUUAUCCCGGAGUUUAUCAUCAAACCUCCAAAAUAUGAAGCUUUUAUAACUUUCCAUGGUUCCAUUGAACCAGACAUGGGGAAUAUAUUAAGACCAGAACAAGUUCGGUGGGCCCCUCAUGCAAUUGAAUUCAAAUUCAAACCGAACUCUUACUACUGCAUCGUUAUGACAGGUCUCGAUGAGCCGUCGAAAGCGAUGCCGACAAAAAGAGAAUUUCUUCACUGGAUAGUUGGAAACAUGCCAGAAGAUAACCUUGCCAUAGCAGAACACAUAGCUGAAUAUUAUCCUGUUUUACCGAAAAAAGACACAGGACUUCAUCGAUACCUGCUCUUAGUCUAUGAGCAAAAAAUGAAAAUUGACUUUAAGGAGUUUCGACUAACUUGCAGGAAUGAUUGGGGCCGCGCAAAAUGGUUCAGCCGGAAAUUCGCAGACAAAUACAAACUUGGAGAACCUUAUGCAGUUAAUUUCUUUUACAGCGAGCACACAGCGACCUAAAAGUCACUCAAAACACUACACACGAUUGAACGACCGACACGUAUAGUGCUUCCACAAUAGAAAUGUGUGUGUAAAACUGCAUGUGGAUGUUUGAUAAUUUCAAGAUCGAGCGGGAACUGUCCUUUUAUGUUUUGAUGUCUGAAAUUCAGUGUCAUUGUGUGUAGAUUUUGCGAUGAUGAGUUUUUGUUUUCACCAUGUGCGAGAGUAUUCUCAACCUGAAAAAUGCAGUUUGACACUACGUUUUUAGUGAAAAUUUCGGUUUCCUGGUUGUGAAUUGAAUCACUCUAUGACGAUCGAUAAUUAUGCUGUUAUACUGACGUCAUUUUAGUCAUGUACGAGUACAUCAAUAUGCUUAUAAAGACAUGAGGAUUAUUAAAUAUUUUAUUAUAUUGUUCUA